AACCUGUCCAACACAUCACGCUGUAGGACGAGGAGGGGAAAGCGGCUGUGGUCCGGACCCGCACAAAUAUGGUUUCUAUUUCUUCCUGUUGAUAGAGGAAAAAAGCAGCAAAGAAGAGGAAAAGUUAUACAUCUGAUGCCAUCCAGUUGGAAUUAAUUUCUCUCCCUCAAAUCUUCAUUUGAAUUUCUGCUACAGCAGGAAAGAACAACAAAGGUGAAGUCAUGGACAUCGGUGGUUUGGAGACCGUUGUGGCAAACUCUGCCUAUGUAUCAGCCCGCGGUAGUCUGGAUGGAUCUGCAGCAGCCUCCAUGCGCGACAAGAAGAUGCGUGCCAGGCUGAAACUCCCACACAUCCGAGAUUGCGAACACAUGAAGACAACUGUAGAUACGGCCUUUGACAGCAUGUGUGUCAAACAGCCCAUCGGCAAACGCCUGUUCCAACAGUUUCUGGAGAGUGAUGCCACCCACAAAAAUGCGGGCGAGCUGUGGAAAGACAUUGAAGAUUAUAACAUAUGUCAAGAGAAGGACAGAGUGCAGAAGGCCCAAAAAAUAGUCAAUAAAUACUAUGAGUCGUCUUCAAAGAAUUUUUGCAGUUUCCUCGAAGAGAAGGCCGUCACUCGAGUUAAAGAAGACUACAAGAAUGCCCGAGGCGAACUGUUUAAAGAGAGCGAGCAGCAGCUGUUCAAACACCUGGAGAAGAAGCCUGUAGAUGGCUUCAAGAACAGCAUGUACUUCCUGCGUUUCGUCCAGUUUAAAUGGUUGGAGAGCCAGCCUUUUGACGAGGAGUGGUUCAUGGACUUCAGGGUCCUGGGAAAAGGAGGUUUUGGGGAAGUAUUUGCUUGUCAGGCAAAGGCAACGGGCAAAAUGUACGCCAACAAAAAGCUGGAGAAAAAGAGGUUGAAGAAACGCAAAGGCUACGAUGGAGCAAUUGUGGAGAAGCGGAUCCUUGCAAAAGUUCACAGUCGCUUCAUUGUGACGUUGGCUUAUGCCUUCCAGACCAAGACUGACCUCUGCCUGGUCAUGACCAUCAUGAACGGUGGAGACCUCAGGUUUCAUAUGUAUAACGUGGAUGAAAAAAAUCCUGGUUUUGAUGAGAAGAGAGCAUGUUUCUACACGGCUCAGAUCAUCUGUGGACUGGAGCAUCUUCAUCAGCACAGGAUCAUCUACAGAGACCUGAAGCCAGAAAACGUACUGCUGGAUGACGCAGGACAUGUCCGCCUGUCAGAUUUGGGUCUGGCUGUUGAGCUUCCACCAGGAAAGGACAAAACUACUGGAUAUGCUGGAACUCCUGGUUUCAUGGCUCCAGAGCUGCUCCAGAAGAAGGAGUAUGACUAUACAGUGGACUACUUCACUCUGGGAGUCACCUUGUAUGAGAUGAUUGCUGCCAAAGGCCCUUUUAGAAUAAGGGGAGAGAAGGUUGAGAACAGCGAGGUAGCUAAGAGAAUCUUGAACAAUCCGGUUGCUUACACUCCAAACUUCAGCAAAGACUGUAAAGACAUCUGUGAAGGGCUGUUGGAGAAAGACCCAGCAAAACGACUGGGGUUCAAAAAUAACGACUGUGAAGAGCUCAAGAAACAGCCCUUCUUCAAAGAAAUCAACUGGGGCCGUCUGGAAGCAGGUAUGCUCCCUCCACCGUUUGUCCCCGAUCCAAGAAUGGUCUACGCCAAAGAUAUUGAUGACGUGGGCGCCUUCAGUACAAUCAAAGGCGUCGUCCUGGACAACAAGGACACAGAGUUCUACAAUGAAUUCUCGACUGGAAACGUCCCGAUCCCCUGGCAGGAGGAGAUGAUCGAGACCGGUGUGUUUGGAGAGAUGAACCUCUGGGGAGAAAACGGCAAGCUGCCCAAUGACCUCGACCCAAACUUUGUGGAAACCAAAAGUGGAGGAUGUGUGCUGCUUUAAGUUAGUGAUGAAAACAGAGCAGAGGGAUGAUUAUUUAAAAUUACAUUUAGAUCUGGAUGUGCUCAUUUGGUGCCACUUAUUCCUGAUCUGUAUUAUCUGUAAUUUGUACAAUAACCUGUUAUUGUUGUAAGAAAUUAAUAUUAUCUUUGUGUUUACAUAUCAUUAUACAUAUUUUAUGUAUCUACAUUGUAAUAUUUAUAAUAUUAAUAGGGUUACGAUAAACGUGGCAGCAUGGUCACAUAGUUGAAACAUUCGGUAACAAAAAUGUAAAUAUGGUUGCAUUGAUAAUGACUGUUGUAAUCUUACUGUACAUGCCAAGUUUUUCGUUUAGUAAACAGACACAUGACAUAAAAAAAAGUUCUAUAAUAUUCAUUAUUUGGACACUAUAAUGUCAUGUUAUUCUUUAUUUAUUUAUAAUUAACAGUAUUAAAGUUAAUAUUAAAGUAAACAUUGUAGGUAGAAGAGUUGAAAGCAAUUAAUAAAAUCUUGCAAAGCAACA